AUGAGUAAAAUACCUGCUAAGAAAGUGACUACUUUCAAAAGUAGCUCUUCGCCAACAAAGAAACCAAUUGCGAAUACUGCAAAGUCACCACAAAUAGUCAAUACAACGAAGAGUACAGAAGAAAUAUUAGCCACACCGGUUGAUAAACCAGAAAUACAGAUUGUCAAACAGGUCAAAAUGAAAGAAGUUCUUCCAAAGGAAAUGGAAAAAUUAGAAAACUUGAAAGAAUGGCCAAUUAUUAUGGAUGAAGUCGGUAAUUUAAAAACUUUCUAUCGUCUGAAUGAACUUGUGAUCGAUUUCAAUACUCCUCUCACUACAUAA